AUGUUGUUUCCGGAAGUUGAUCAGCUACUUCAUCUUCAGUUUGUUUAUAUAAAGCCAGAUGCUUCAUCUUUCGGGCAUCAUUCCAAACCAAUUGUUUUACCACAUCCAUUACAUGAGAAAGGCAAUACAACUGUUUGCCUUAUUAUGCGGGAUUUGGAUCAUCCGUUAAAAGGAAAAUGUGAUCAUGAUGUUGAUAAAGAAGCCAGAGAGUGGGUUGAUAAAUUGGAAACAGAAUAUGGAUUGACAAAGGAGCAUUUUAAUAAGGUUUUGACAAAGCGACAGUUGGAACGCGUGUACCACUCAUAUCAAGAAAGACGUCAAUUGGCAUCUGCAUAUGACAUAUUUCUUGUGGAUUCUAUUGUGGAGAAAAGCGUCUUACGUUUUUGUGGCAAAGAUUUUCAUAAAGCAAAAAAAGUACCUAUGAGGUUCGUAGUUGGUCGACAUAGAUCACUCAAUCAUCAAAUUAACAGAUCAUAUUAUACUGUUAUGUUUCCAUUUUCUCCAUGCCUUUUACGUGUAAUGUUUCAUUGUUUUUUAAUCCUAAUUUUCAGAAGUCUUCGCAUUGGAAAUCUGAGUAAUCCUAUGGAACAUCUUGUUGAAAAUGUUCACGUCGCUGUUGAGAGUGUGUUUAAAUAUUGUCCUGGUGGUUUCAUUAACAUUCAGUCUAUUAGUCUUCAGAUGGUAACUGGUGGAUCUUCAUUACCUCUUUAUAUCAGUGUUGAUGAAAUGGCUAUUGUUGGUGAAUUAUCUACUUUACCAGAAGGAAUGGAGGUUAUGGUACACAAAGAUGGUGAAGUCAAAGUGUUGAGUACUAAAAGUAAAUAUAUCUUUUUUCCAAUAAAAAAAUUGUUUAAAAGACUUUUAAAUAAAGAUUUUUUGAUGUGGUAA